CCAGCAGACCAGGGAAGCCCUUCUGUGUGCCACCCUUCCAGAUGGCAGGUCGCCGGUGGGCCGCAACGUCAGCCCUGUGCAUGUGCGUGGCAGCCGUCUCUCUCCUGCACACCGGCGGCGUGCGGGCAGACUGCUGGCUCAUCGAGGGGGACAAGGGUUUCGUCUGGCUGGCCAUCUGCAGCCAAAACCAGCCCCCCUACGAGUCCAUCCCCCAGCAAAUCAACAGCACCAUCGUGGACUUGCGGCUGAACGACAACAAGAUCAAGAGCGUGCAGUACGCCUCGCUCAGCCGCUUCGGCAACCUGACAUACCUCAACCUGACAAAGAACGAGAUCUCCUACAUUGAGGACGGUGCCUUUUCAGGACAGUUCAACCUCCAGGUGCUGCAGCUGGGUUACAACCGCCUGAGGAACCUCACCGAAGGGAUCCUCCGGGGCCUGGGGAAGCUGGAGUACCUCUAUCUCCAGGCCAACCUCAUCGAGUCUGUCACCCCCAAUGCCUUCUGGGAGUGCCCCAACAUAGUGAACAUUGACCUGUCCAUGAACAGGAUCCAGAGACUCGACAGCAACACUUUCCGGGGCCUAAACAAGCUCUCUGUCUGUGAACUCUACAGCAACCCCUUUUACUGCUCCUGUGAGCUCCUUGGCUUCCUGCAAUGGCUGGAGGCUUUCACCAACAUGACACGCACUUAUGACCGGAUGCAGUGCGACUCCCCACCAGACUACACUGGCUACUACUUGUUAGGCCAGGGCCGGACUGGCUAUCGCAAUGCUCUGAGCAUGCUCUCUUCCCUGUGCACUGGUGGCUCCUACACUGUGAUCCCUCGUUUUAUCCCUCCCAGGUACCAAGUGACCACAGCGCCCUCUGAAAGCCCGUGCUCCGAAGAGGAGUGCUCCUCUGGUGACGGCACGACCCCACAGUUCUCCUUCUUCACACCCGUUGGUGAGACGGAGGUGCGCCCCAACAUCCAGGUGAAGCACCUCAACCACAACUCAGCCGUCCUCACCGUGCAGAUCCCCUACCCCUUCAGCAAGAUGUACAUCCUCUCCCAGUUUGAAAACGGCUUCUCCUCCAUGAUCACCAAGCUCAGGAAGAAGGAGGAGAACAUUACCGUGAGCAACCUAGUAGCACAAAGAGAUUACACCUACUGUGUGGUCUCAGUCCACCAAUACUCCAAGUACAACCACACCUGUGUCACCAUCACGCCCACCAGACCCAACCGCAAGGAGCCAGUGCCCACCCCUUCCACUGCCACUCAUUAUAUCAUGACAAUCCUGGGAUGUCUCUUUGGCAUGGUAAUUGUCCUAGGCGUCGUGUAUUACUGUCUCCGAAAGAGGCGCCAGCAGGAGGAGAAGCACAAAAAGCCCCCUGGAAGUAUGAAGAAGACCAUCAUUGAGCUGAAAUAUGGGCCGGAAAUGGAGACCACCAGCAUCACCCAGCUGUCCCAAGGACAGAUGCUGGGUGGGGAGACAGUGACCCGCAUCCCCUACCUGCCUUCUGCUGGAGAGGUUGAACAGUACAAGUUGAUCGACAGCAGUGAGACCCCCAAGGCCACCAAGGGCAACUACAUGGAGGUGAGGACAGGCGAGCAGCCCGAGAGGCGAGACUGUGAGCUCUCCUUGCCGGACACCCAGAGCUCUGUGGCUGAGAUCUCCACCAUUGCCAAGGAGGUGGACAAGGUGAACCAGAUCAUCAACAACUGCAUCGAUGCCUUGAAAUCUGAGUCCACCUCCUUCCAAGGGGUGAAAUCAGGGGCGGUCUCCACUGCAGAGCCUCAGCUGGUGCUCUUGUCAGAGCAGAUCCCCAGCAAGCAUGGAUUCCUGUCCCCCGUCUACAAGGAAAGCUACAACCACCCACUCCAGCGACAUCACAGCAUGGAGGCAGCCCCCAAACGCUCCAGCACCUCUUCCAGCGGCUCCAUUCGGAGCCCCAGGUCCUACCGCUCCGAGGGAUCAGGCCACAAAUCAGAAGCCAAAUACAUCGAGAAGACGUCCCCCACCACCGAUACCAUCCUCACUGUGACCCCGGCUGCAGCUAUCCUGCGGGCAGAGGCGGAGAAGAUCCGGCAGUACAGCGAACACCGGCACUCGUACCCCGGCUCACAUCAAGGGGAGCAGCACGACAGCAUGGCAGGGCGAAAACCCUCCAUCCUGGAGCCUCUGACCCGUCCUCGCCCCAGAGACCUGGCCUAUUCCCAGCUCUCGCCUCAGUAUCACAACCUGAGCUACACCUCCAGCCCCGAGUACACCUGCAAACCAUCGCACAGCAUCUGGGAGCGCUUCAAACUCAACCGCAAGCGGCACAAAGACGAGGAGGAGUAUAUGGCAGCCGGCCACGCCCUGCGAAAAAAGGUCCAGUUUGCCAAAGACGAGGAUCUUCACGACAUCUUAGACUACUGGAAGGGCGUCUCUGCCCAGCAAAAGUCCUGAGUCCUCACAACAACUCGUGACUUAACACACUAACUGGACCAAAAGAAAUCUGCAGCAGCUAUUUUUAUUCAGAUUGUCUUUGAAGCAAACAAAAAAAUAAAUGAAUCGAAACAAAUAAAAGAGCGAACAAAUUAUGAAAAUCUAUAAAUAUACUAUAUAAUAUAUAAAAUGAAAUAUUAAAAUGGCCUCACGCUGGUGAGACACACACCAAAUGUGAACACAAAGACUUUACAAAUCAAACUGUGGAGUGAAAUUUUGUUUCCUUUUU